AAGAACACUUUCACUGCAGUACUUGUAUCAGAAGAAUCAGUUGUUUUUUUCACGACGACAGCGCACGGUAGAAGUUGGCCUUUUUCGAUUCAGGACUAAAAGAAGAAGCACUUUCCUCCACAAGAACACCAAAAUGGCUCCUCCAGCGCUCGGUGCGGCUAGAGCGGGCAUGAGUCCGGCCUCUACCUUGCUUCUUGAGGAUGCGUUGCGAAAUAUCGUCGAGGGCAAGGGCUGGCUCGCGGCGGACAAGCGGGCAGGCUUGGUGCCGAUGGGCGCGAUGAGUGUGUUUGGCGAUUUCCCGCCAGACUACAUCCCGAAAAACAUCAAGCAGAACUUGAAGGUAUUAUAACAUCUUCGGCAUUUUUACAAAUCUAGUUGGUUAGGUUUUCGUUUGUAAUGCUGAGCCAAUUUGUAUUGCGAUUUUCGCAUUCUUAUUUUCACCCAUCGCAGGCGGCCUCGUCCUCGCCAAAGAAGAUGUCGAUGAUGAGACAAACCGCGAAAACCCGACGGGCCAUCACGGUAACCGAGUUCCGGAAGUUUUACGACAGGGGGGAUCUGCCGAUCCAGAUAUGGGCUGCAAAUAUGUCUGGGUCUGGAAGAUUGAUGCGAGAUUUGUCAUGCUAGUUUGGCAUGAGUGUGAGCUCUGUAUUGCGUGGCCAGGAAGAGCUCCUAUUGUCUGUCAUGCAAAAACGCUGUUUCUCAUGCGGAAUACGCAACCCAGAGCCACGAAAAAAUCUGUCAUGCUUGGCGGUGCAUUGCAGUGCGAUUGCUAUUCACCGACAUGCAUCACAACUUUCCAGACCCAGACAUAUUUGCGAUUCAUACGUGAUUGACCACAGCAAAGUGGGGGGAAAGCUCCAGUGGAAAAUCGACCUGGAGAAAUUGGACUACCAUCACUACCUGCCCAUCUUCUUUGACGGCCUCCGCGAAAAGGAAGAUCCUUAUCGGUAAAGUAUAUAGCAGAGUGUUGAUCUGUCGUGUGGUCCACUUUUGUAACUUAAUAGUCAUUUGUCGUGCAUAGAAUGAAUGCUCCUCCGGCGGGGUGUGUUACAACUUAUCCCUCUACUUCACGAGGAAGUAGAUUGUGCUUUCGCUUCAUGCACAGUAAAAAACAAUUGUUAAUAAAGAACUACAAGUCAUCGGCAUGGCAGAAUGUCCUUGAACUACAUUUAUUUCCAGGUUUAUGGCGGUUUCCGGUUGCUACGACAUGAUGGCUGCGGGCGGGUCUAAAAUUUUGCCAGUGGUGCCCCAGCUGAUCAUAUGCACAAAAAAAGUGUUAAGUACUACAGUUUUACAUAGUACACACUGUGUUGCAGGCUAAGCAAGACAGGCACGCUCGGUCAUAGGCCGGAUAUCAUGCAUAGGAGACUGGUUUUUGUUCCCACGUUUUGUUCUUUUUCCGUGUGUUGAUCUCUGCAUUCUGCAAGUUUUGUCUGUUUUAUCCAGAGCAAGUUUGUGUUGUGCUAAUGCUAAAACUUCUUAAAAUGCAGCAAGUGUGUUGUAAGUGUAAAGCACUUGUUUUUUCUUGGGAUAGAUCAUUCCUAUCAAGACCGCUCUGAACACACGGGACGAGACGAUUAUCUGCACGGUGCUGAAGAUUUUAGUCGAGCUGGUGCAAAGCGGAGAAAUGGUACGAAUUAUUUUCCGACAUUUCUUUUUUGUCAUGCAAAUGUUGCUACGAGAACGACGAGAAGCGACUUUUUGUACUAUGUGCAUGAACUACUACUCCAACUCCAACUCCCUCUACCAAUUUGUGUUUUUCAGCGAUGGAAAGAAACCACCUCUACAUACAAAACAACUACAGAUCGGCGAAGCGCUGGUGCCGUACUACCGUCAGAUUCUGCCGGUGUUCAACAUUUUCAAGAACCAAAACAAAAAUCUCGGCGACGGCAUGUUCUACGCGCAGAGGAAAAACAAGUGCCUGGGAGACCUGAUUAACGACGUGCUGGAAACCUUCGAGAUCCACGGCGGGGAGGACGCGUUUAUCAACAUCAAAUACAUGAUAUGACACUGCACAACUCCCCCUCCCCCUCAUUUGUAUUGCAUGAACAGCAACACCAGCAACAGCAGAAAAGGGGCUUCCGCAUGACAAAUCUGCAAGCGGAUUGUAGUACUAGUUGAGGUUCCAAAAUAAAUUGUCAUGCUGACAGGGCUUACGAGCAAGGUUUGCAUUUGGUAUUUUGCAUUACAAAUGAGGGGGACGAGGGGGAGUUGUGCACACUCAUACAUGAUCCCCACCUACGAAUCCUGCGUCUUGUCGUAA